AUGAAUUGCUCUGUGUAUACACCAUCUUUUUUAUCAUAUAAAAAUUCUCAUUCACAUCAAUUAUCAUCAUUUCGUAUUGAUGAUAUAUUAAAAACACCAACAUCAUCAUCAUCAUCAUCAUCAUCAUCAUCAAUAUCACCAACAUUUAUUGAUCCUACAACACUUUGGUCAUCAUUUGCUUCACAAAUUUUAGCUUAUUCACCUGAACUCUUAUCAAUUUCAACAACAACAACAUCACCAUCAAAUGAUAUUUCACAAACAAUACCAAAUUUAAUUUCACCACAAAAACAUUUACAUCAUAGACAUCAAUAUCAUCCAUAUUUAUCUGUAUCUCGACAUUCUCCAACAACAAAACUUCAACAUGAUACAACAAAUAAAAAUAAUUAUCAACAUACACUUUCACCAUUAUCAAUUAAAGACAAAAUACAACAUCAACAUAUUGACCGGAAUGAUUGUCUAUCAUCAAUGAUUCCACCACCACCAUCAUCUCAUCAUCAUCAAGUACAACCACCAACAGCAGCAUAUUGGCCAUAUUUAUAUACACGUUGUAAUCCUUCGUUAACAACAACAACAACAACAAAUGUUUCACGACGUAAAGGUGGUCAAAUACGUUUUUCAGCUGAACAAAGUUUACAAUUAGAAAAAAAAUUUGAAAUAAGUCAAUAUUUAUCACCUGUUGAACGUAAACAAAUUGCUAAAACACUUCAUUUAAGUGAAAGACAAAUUAAAACAUGGUUUCAAAAUCGACGAGCUAAACAUCGUCGAUCAGCUGCAACAGUAACGAAAAAAGAUAUUGAUAAAUCAUGUUCAUCACCACAACAAAGUGAUGAAGAAGACGAUGAUGAUGAUAUUGAUGUAGAAGAUAAUGUUGAUGAAGAACAUGCAACAUCAUCGAAUUCAAAUUAA